UAUGCAGGCCAGCGGCUAUGCGUUGGCGGGCGAACGUGAAAAUGGAUUUCAAGAAGAGCCGGAAAGUCACGGCGCAGUUGGAUUUUCGUUCGAGAGACAAGAUGAGCUGUUUCCUGAAGACGAGCCCGAAGAACCUGCAGAUUCUCCCGCUAAUGAUGGCUUUACACAGUUCACGAGUGAACGCCUUGGUGCAAGAGUGCAUCGUCUGGCCGAGAAGAUUGCUGAAGACGCGGGCAAGGUUUCCCAGAAUAACGAAAACCUCGCUCUUCGAGUAUCAGCGCGUCGCGACGAUCUCUUGCGACGCAACGAGCAGCAAAAGCAAAUCAUCGACACCCUCAAAAGCAUGGCUCUUGAUAAUUUGAAAAAGUACUCGAAAGAUGGCGAGUAGCUGAGUCGACACUGACAGCAGACAGCAAAGCAUGUGUACAUGUUAAGCAGGGAUAACAUAUUUGAAGGACUCGCUCCGGGCUAAAUUGCAUCGAUGACACAUGUGCUCACUAUUUCGCGUAUUAGUUAUAUUUAUUUAUUUAUUUAGAAAUACUGUCAACCCUCUUUUGAGGGUCAUUACAGAAAAGGUACGACACACUGUACAAAUAAAUUGGGGAUAUAACUAUAGAUCUCCCAGUGAUAAACCAGGUAUACAUAUAUACAAAUCCGUGAAAGCUCUGCAUUCCUAAGAAAUAAACGAAAAACACACACCCUGAUUCGCAAUGCAACGAAUAACAAUCGCAAUAUUAUUUCCAAUAAGUCACAUAAAUGUAAAUCAAGUAAACGCACAAAUUCAUUAACAUCACCCGCAUUGACUAUGUUACUCGGUAACCCAUGCCAAUCUUCAAUGACAUCGGGCAAGAAAGUAUGACGGUACGCCUUCGUUCGUGCAAAAUAAG